GCUCGUGCCCCAUCUUGCUGCUGCUCCAAGCUACUGCUGCUGCUUCUGCCUGCCUCUUCGCAGUCUGCGUGACGCACGAAAGGUUCUGAUUAGCGCGGCGCGAUCGUGAGCAGAGAAAGCUGCAGCAGCAGAUUAGCGGUAGCAGCAGCACCGUAGUCAUCGAUCGAAUUGUCCGGGCGAGUGGCGGAAAGCAGUAGUGGUUAGGCGGGGCGGAGGGUAGAGGAGGGAACGAGCCAUUGAGCAGUGCAUGAUUACUCAGUCAGUCUAGCAACCCUGCCCGCUGCUUCUGUCUGCCGCCCCCAAGGUGGAAAGAGAAGCCGUUAUCAGCUUGGUAGUGUCGACUGUCGUCUCCUCCCUCCGCCUCCUCCUCCUCCUCCUCUCGACUCUUCCCUUCCUCCUUCUCCAGGAUCUCCUCCUUACCUGCAGCAGAAACAACUGAAAGACUUCCAGCAGGUUCCCUCCGCCUCCUCCUCCUCCUCCCCCUCCUCUUCCUCCUCUCGACUCUUCCUCUCUCCUGCUCCAGGAUCUCCUCCUUACCUGCAGCAGAAACACCUGAAAGACUUCCAGCAGGUCGACUCCAUCGCCGUCACUUAACUGCCCUUCCUCCUUCCUGCUGCACGCCGCCAUGACUGCGGCUGUGAAACUAGCCGUUACACCAUCUUCCGAGGCGAUUGCCAUGACUGGGCCGGUUGGCAGACCCCACCAGGCCCAACGUCCCUCUCCCGCCCAACUGGAAUGUAACCAUGCGUGCGCACGAAUCGCUGCUUCUCUGUCAUCGAUAGUCGGCGGGCGCCGAGAAGGCGGAGGCCCUCGAAAGCGCCGGCUCGAUCAUCCCUCCUCCGCCGCCGGCGGGACUAGAUGUACAGCGGUGAUGGCGCGAUUCUUGGGCGGAGGUGACAGGAGCAUCCGCGCCCCGCUCGUCGCUGGGCGAAGAGCUCCCGCCGCUAUAGCCCCGAGGAAUUUCUCGUCAACGCUUGCGCUUACGGCUUUCGGCGGACGAAGGACGAGUCGGAAAACACUCAGGAGUUUCCCAUCUUUGUCAGAGUGUUACGGUCGUAAGGGAUCUGAAGCGGAUCUGGAACGUGAAGCCUUGGCCGCCGGCUGUAGCCAGUCUUGCCGCUGCUCGAGGAUAACGUCGGCAUCGCCUCAGCGUCAGAUGCUGCAGUGGAGUAGACGACGAUCUCUGAGUCACGGCUGUCGACUCGGGCGUAUGGCGAUCGGGCGUGGAAGAUCGGCAGGAGAGCGGAGGCUUGUGGCCGUCGCGUUCAAGCAAUCGCCGGAGGGAGAGGGGGAGAAUCAACAUGAGCAAGGAGGGAAAUCGCCUCCAGCGCCACCGUCGAUGUUCUCGGUCAAACAACUCCUCCUCGGAGCGGGGAAAGGAGGAGAAGCGCAACUGAUGGCAGCCUCGUCAGGAGAUGCUGGGGAACGAAGUGUUGACGUCGGUCUCGGACCCGGCGCAGACAGGCUCAUGCAACAAGUGAUGGAGGCGCCCGAUUGUAUGUCGUUCUCGGAAUCCAUUGUGCAAUUCUGCUGCGCCAUGGCAUCGGGUGCGAUCCCGCCGGCGAUUCCGAGAUGGUGGAUGAGGAGAAGGACGGGCGGGGCAUGGGAGGAUCUCUGGAAGAUGGAUGAUGCGGCAGAGGUCUACUAUAAGGAGAACCUGCAGAUGUCCCCUAGAGUGUUCCGGGAGAAUAGUCGAGGCGUUGUCCCCUCAUCCGCAGCGGAGGUGGAGGACGUGACUCGGGCGCUUGUGAGGGUGUACCGGGAGAAGACCGUUUGGCAUUCUGGGUUGCGGACCUUGCAGUGGCUGGUCGUUCUGCGCGCGUUUGAGGUGAAGGGUUUCCCCAACUGCUAUGGCUGCAUAGACUGCAUGCACAUCUACGUGGACAAACCAGCGACUGCGCUGUCCGAGAAGUUCGAGAACUACUUUGACCGAAAGCAUCGUUUUUCGGUGGUUGUGCAGGUGGUUGUCAGCUUGGACUUGUGUGUGACAGGCGUUUUCGUUGGCUAUCCCGGGAGCUGGCACGACAUCCAAGUGAUUCAGCUGUCCAGUCUGUGGACGCGCGCCGAAGAGGGGGAUCUUUUUCAUGGUCCUGCUGUGCUGCCGCUGUUCGGGGUGUAGUCUGUGUAGAUACACGCAGCUAUCCUCCCAUGGAGUGGAUCGGGGUGAGGAGACGUUUGACAACAAGCAGAAGGUCGCUAGAGGAGCGGUGGAGAGAGUUUUCGGAAGGCUGAAGGGGAUGUGGAGGUUUUUCCUCCGCAUACACAAAACGAAUAUGGACACUCCCGCAACAGUUCCAAUCCGUUUGCAUUCUGCACAACAUCAUCCUGGAUGCCGGAAUCGACUUCGACGACUUGUUGUGGGAGGUAAACGCGAAUGGUGUGCGUCGGCAUGUGGACUUGGGGUUGGACCACCCACCCCACCCCAUUGCGGAGAACUUCAAUCGACCUC